AUGUCCUCCCUGCUGCCAGUUUACCUCCGGUGGAGACACUGCGAGACCCCAGGCGUGAGGACCCUCUGCAACCUCCGGAAGCUGCUGAACAGGCUCCAGCGGGCACACCAGGAGCACAUCCUCCUCUACACGUCCGGGCACCUGAACCACCACAACCUCUACCAGCCUCCGAGGCAGGAGGCCUCCCGCUGGGCCGGCUCCCGGGGGCCCCCGCUGGGCCAGGGCGAGGGGCCGCGGCCGCCGCCCGACAGGGCGGCCCAGAUGGCGGACGCGCUGGUGGACUUCACCCUGCACACGGCCCUGACGCCUGACGAUGCCGAGGGCUCCCGGCUCUUCCGGUACCUGAACCUGGUGCCUCAGGACGAGCCGCACCCCUCGGAGGAGGACCUGCUGCUGGAGUGCCGGCCCGGGACGCCGGCCCCCGGGAGGCCCCGGAGGGGGGAGCUACGCUGGCCCGAGAUGAGGGUCCUGAGGAGCAAGUACUGGAGGAGCAGCCGGAAGUGCGGGCAGGACCCAGGCAGGGACGAGCACCGGUACGUGAGCGCCUACCUGGCCGGCCUCACCAAGGGGGACCAGUACCGGGCGUUCCUGCACUUCCAGAGGGACGUCCUGGCCACUCGGGACCUCCUGAGCAGCGGCAUCACCGGGUCCGAGACAGCGCUCGCCCUCGAGAGGAAGCUGGAGCGGGAGCUGCAGCGGGUCUGCGCGUGCGAGGCCCUCGACUUCAACAGGCUGCACGUGUGCGGGGAGCUCUUCCAGGACCUCUGCAACAGCUCCCUGACCUUCGGCGACCUGCUGCAGGAGAUCAAGGGCGAGUACGAGCUCUACAUGGCCAUCCUCCUGCACUCGCAGCCCGCCGCGCAGUACCAGGCCUUGCGGGCUCAUGUCAGGGCCAUGGACUGCAGGACCCUGAAGACGGAGGAGGUCAGCCAGGCCAAGGAGGAGCUGAAGGCACUGGUGAAGGCCGUCAAAGCAGCGCUGGAGCAUAAUGACAGACUCAGAGAGGAGCUGGAGACCGAGCGGCUGCGGCUGCAGGAGCAGGAGGCCAGGCCAGGCGAGUGUCCCUCCCUCCUUCCUUUCUUUUUCUUUUUUUUUUUUUUUGGGGGGGGGGAUCACACCCGGCGAUGCACAGGGGUUACUCCUGGCUCUUCACUCAGGAAUUACCCCUGGCGGUGCUCAGGGGACCAUAUGGGAUGCUACUGUGCCUGCUCGUCCCCUCUUGGUGCUGGACAGAGGGACCUUCAUCUGAUUGCGUUUCUCCUAAGCCCGAGUGUUCUCAACAACUUGGCUGUUUUAAAUCAUAAGUCAAUAUAUUUCCAGAUCUAUAUGAGCAAAUCAAGAAAUUCCUCCAAGAUGGACCAAGUGGAUGAUGAAUGCCUCACUCACGCUCAGAAGGUUGAAGCAAAGCGAUGUGAAAUACUUAACAAAUGGGAUGAAAUUAAAGCUAUUGAAAAUGAAAUUAAAACAAAUAUGAUUCAUAUUGGAGCUUUAAAUAUUUCAGAGAGCAAAUAUAAAAGCAUUGAGGCUGAAACUCAAAAGUUGGAGAUAGAAAUCAGGAUCUUAAAGAAGAACAUAGCUAUCACUGAGAAGCAACUGAAGCAGAGAAUAGAGAAAACAAAAAUGCAUGAGAAGAAGCAGCAACUUUGGAUGUUUAUUAAUGAUUUUGUGAGCCUGGACGACACUCUCGAUGAUCCUGACCUGAUUGGAGGAGCAACCAGUGAAACGAACCUCGUGCCACUCACAUAGCAUGGACAUUUGGCGUGUUGAACCUUAAGGAAGCUGCAGUUUGCCUUGUCAGCUCUGACUGUGAACGUGAUUAAUGUAGUAUAUGUAUAUAUCCUUCUAAAGAUAUUGAAGUAAGUACACGUCUGUGUGUGAUCAGUUUUACUUUUGUAAAUAUAUUCAUAAAAACAGUAUUUGUGAAAUUAUUUUCUGUUUUCACAUACUGAUAUUCUUAAUGGAAAAUAUUUCUAACUGGUAAAGAGUAAAAAACACCCCAGAAUUUCUGCAAUACAGUUUAAAUUUGUUAUUUGCUGAUUCACGUCUGCAUGUGUAUUUGUAUGCACAUAUAUACAUAUAUU